CUUUUAAGGCAGAAGGAAUGACAGCAGAUGGUGAUAAGACUCGAGAUGAUAAUCCAAACAUUCUAUCUUCAGCAUUCUUCGAGCCAAGUAUAAUCAAGACAUUCCUUCGAAUCACACUUGCAGAUGAACGAUUUCCAGCAUUGGUCAUCCACUAUCUAAUGCAAGCAGAUGAAGGGAAAUCCGAUCAGAAAGAGGUGACAGAACGUUUGGAUGCGAUAAGGAGUGCAGCAAAUGGCAUAUCAUCAUCGCCAUUUUAUCUCAAGGACGAGCACAAGACAGCAUUGAAAGAAGCAAUUCAAGCUCUAUGUACAUUUCUAGCAUUACCCGAUUCCAACAAUAUGGAAGCACAUCAGCAAAGGGUCAUGUUGGGUUUUUGUCGUUUACUGAGCAAUCAGCCGAUUGAAGGUAUAUUCGAAUUUGAUAUUGUUCGAAAGGCUCUCUACUCCAAAAUGAACAAACGUGCAAAAGAAGGCAAGGAUGCAAAAGACACAAGUGAAGAACAGCAAUUAUACCAAAAGACGCUUUGGGGAGCAGAACUUGCGGCUGGAAUGAUGGGAAAAGAAAGUGAAGCUGAAAGAUAUCGUAAAUGGCGACAUAAUGCUCAGUUGGAGUAAAGUAUUGAAGAAUGUGAUAGUUCAUCCCUUGUACAAUAUUACCAUUACAUACCCUGUACCAUAAAAAUGGCUUGUUAAUAGAAGAUCAUCU